AUGAGUAAAGAAUUGAAGGUUCUCGUACGUCUUCACAAUUUAGUGAAUAUUCCCCGCGACAUCGGCGUCAACACUGCGUCUGAGAGUAACAACGACCCACGUGUGUUUUCUGUCAUUUUACGUGCAGUUGCGAGGGAUGGGACACUUAUCGCGAAUUGUGCCGAGGUGCGCGGUGAGUUUACAGUACGCGACAUUGUGCGCUCCGCUACGGAUGAUUUUCUUGAAGUGAAACUCGACGUUCGGGGCGAACAGCGUGGCGCUGCUGCAUCUGCUGAGUGGACGGUGAACACUUCCACACUGGAGUUGCUGCUUAUCGUAAAGGAACAACACCCAUCCGGUGUACGUGUAGUUGGUACAUGCCCUGAAAACCUUCUCGUGAAUGUGGAUGAUAUUGUUCAGAAACAAAAACUUGUCACACACGUGUUGGGAACAGAAAUGGGGCAAAUUGGUCUCUCACUUGCUGUGGCCCCAUCUGAUGUUGCUGGUUAUCAGCAACGUCUUGUAGAGUUCUUGUCAGAACACAACCCGGGUGGUCUGCGUUUUGUAGAGAGUGUUGUUUGUAGUAUUGCGGAGAUUGAUACCUUCACGAAGUUAUACCGCAAGUACCAUAUUGUGGAUUACGAGCAACGGAUAAUGGACUUCUUUCGUUUGUAUGGGCGGGAGCAUGCAAAUCGGGUCCCUACGCUGCUGCGUGAGUGGGAGAACCAUGAAGAAGAACUGAUGCACAAUCUCGUGUUAGACAAUGGCCCAGAACCACACAAUCUCAACACUGCUCUACGUCUUGAGGCAUUUCUGAAGGCACACAACGUGACGUCUGCCACACCAGAGGUGGCACAUGCUAUGCGAGAGUUUCGAGGUAAACCACGUGAACUCUUUCUGACAUUAACAGAGAUUUACGGUGUGGAACCUGACCCGCGCAGCUACUUGUUUCCACCCACACACUAUCAGAAGUGGGGAGAGCAGCAACAGCAGCAACAACAAGGGGAUAGAGAAAAGAAGAGGUUUGAGGAAGAAAGAAGAAUAAAGGAAGAUACAGGGUAUAGUCAUGGCUCCGCAUUGGCUGUGUCAUCCUCUGCUUCUCCGUUUAAGUGGCUACCACACAACGAUGUAUGGGCCAAUGAUACACACCAGAUUCAACAAAAUGAGAAAGAAGGGGAAAGGGGGAAUGAAAAUAAGAAGUUAUUAUCAUCAUCGUCACAAGAAUCACAUAUUCAACAAGCUUCCACUAUUUUAUCGAUGUCCCGUGAUGGCAAAGCAGGGGCGACGAUUGACAGUACUGUCAACAAAUCGAAACUCUACCGUGGCUACAAUGACAUCAACAAUAGUAACAGUAAUAGUUAUAAUCAUAAUAAUAGCAAUAUCGAGGGAAAGGAUCCAUUAUGGGAUGCGUUCUGUGAGUCAUUUGUACACAAUGGACGUCAAAUAUCUGAUCUAUAUUACAUGAAUGAGAGAACUUUCUAUAAUAUAGUGGAUGAAAUUGGAUAUAACAAGUCUGAUCGUGACGCGUUAGUGUAUCAGUGGCAGAAGCGUUUGCGUGCUUCUGUACGUGAGGAUGUCCUUUCCCCUGGCGAUGCUUACUACGAUACCGUCGUGAAGGAGGUACUGGACGUGGUUGGUUUACCACAGCUGAACUUGGAGGUAAUGGAUAUGGUAUCUGUAAUGAAUAAAGUGCAUGCAAGUUGUUUUAACUCCCGUCUUCUUGCAGCACAUCAGCGUGCGACAGAACGUCUUGCUAUUGUUGGUGACUACCAGCGUCUACACAACAUCGUUAGCUACGGCGUUGACACUACUCAUGUAGCCGCUGCGAGUGGUGGUGAUAAUACUGAUGGUGUUGUUGUUGCUGCUGCUGCUGCUGACAAUACUGGAAGUAGUCCGAGAAAUGUUGAUGGUGAUGGUAAUAGUGGUGGAAACCCCUGUAUGGUGUUCCACCGUCGACCGUUUCAGAAUUGGGACGGCAAGCACACCACCUGUAUUCUUAUUUGCGAUGUUGUGGUUGGCAAACCAUUUGUCUGUCCAGCGUCUAUGAAAACGGCGCGAACUGCCACGGCGGCAUUCCGUCGUGAGUGGGAUUGUUGUGUCUUCACAGAUGGUGUGGCGGGUCCUGCGGUGGCGGUGUAUGAUUCCGCGCAGUUGCUGCCGCGGUAUUUAUUGCGAUGUCGUGUAGACAUGAGCAUCGCCCCCUGCCCUACUCAUCCUACUCGCCCGCUCGAGUACUACAUCCCUGGUGAGAAUGAAGGUCCUCCUCCCCUUCCUCCGCAUCAUCAUUAUUAUGAGAAUCAUGAGAAUGAAGGUGGAAUGGGAAUGGUGGGUGGUGGUGUUCUUGUCUGCGGGGAUUGUGUGGUGUUGGGCCCUUAUCGUGGCCGGCCGGUGGUGCCACUCGCCGCCGUCGCCCCCGCCGCCCGCGCCGCCCUCGCCGCCGGCCAACACGACGCCCGCCAACUCGCCGCCGCCGCCCAACAACAGGCGGAACAACACGCGGAGGCACAAAGACACGCAGCACGAGUGGCCGCAGCGGCCGCAGCACUCGCAGGGAAUAUUGCGGCAAAAAUGCAACAGAGUAAUCCACUGCACGUUCUCACCGCACUGCAGCAACUGCGGACAGAGAAGGCACUGCAGCAGUUAAGGGAGGAGUUGGGUGAGGAAGGAUACCCGUCUAGUGGGGGAAUUGCAGGGACACAAUAUGAAGGCAGUAGAAGUAAUGGUAAUGAUGACGGUGGGGCACAAGUGAAAACUCCUUUGAAUCGUGGCCACAGUCAUCAGAACAGCAGUAUUCGUCUUCCUAGUCGCCUUACAGAGGUGCAGACAACACCAACCAAUCACACCUCAAACAGUCUGUACGCGAAAUACCUCGCAGCAGUGUCUGGUACAAAACAAGAGCAGGAUGAACAAAAACAAGAACAACAACAAUAUACUUCCAGACCUGAAGACGUACGAAAAAAUAGCAACCAUUACAGUACUAAUGAAUACGGUAAUAACAUCAGCAUCAUCAGCAACAACAACAAUGGAAGUAAUAAGAGUUAUCCAAAGAAAGGUGGUGAUAUCAGUGAUGGUAGCAGUCGCAUGACGAGUGUAAUGCCUGGGGAAAAGACUCGUCUCGCCAAGGAAGAUGUCACGUAUGGAUGGCAUUUAUAUCGUCAGGGCGAUAUUGAGGGAGCACGACGGGUGUGGACCGCUGUGUAUGAACGGCAUAUGGACGACGCCGUGGGCGCACGGGCACGGGCAUACAUUGCAGAGGCAGUGGAUCGUGACUACGAAGCUGCGGCAUCCUGGUACACAGUGUCGCUGCAACGUGACCCACACGAUGCAAUGACGAUGUACAACUAUGCUGUGUUGUUAGAGGCGUUGCUCGGACGGCGACAGGAGGCUCUGUUGCUUUUCGAACGAGCACAUGCACUAGGUGACGUUGCUGCUGGUCGGCGGGCACAGCAACUGCGAGUCUCGUUGAACUCUAGUUGA